UUGCCGAGGAUUUUGGAGGGAAAGUUUGAUUUUUUGAAGUUCAAACUCACUUUUCUGAUUUUCGUUGUCUCCUUCUCUUUCUCUCUCUCUCUGGCCAAAUAAGCCAAUUCAUUUAUUUCUCAUUUAUUGGUAAUGCAUUCGCUUUGAUUUCUCUGUUCUUGUAAGAUACUUAUAUAGAAAAUGAGAUAUUAAAUUUAGAUUCAUGCCAUAAUCAGAGAGAUCUGAUUUUGAAAACUUAGAAGACCUUUCUUUUUGAAGCUUCAAGUCAUAGCUCAUAGUUUUGAGAUUUGUGAUUGCCUCCAUGCAAGAGCUGAAUUAGCCGAAUCUGGAUGUCUUAUUCUGAAAAAACGACGGUGGAUCCACUUCUGAGAGAUUUGGAUGAGAAGAAAGAGAGUUUCCGGCGAAACGUGGUGUCUCUGGCUACGGAGCUGAAGCAAGUGAGGGGCCGUUUGGUUUCUCAAGAACAAUCUUUUCUUAAAGAGACCAUUACUAGAAAAGAAGCAGAGAAAAGGGGAAAGAAUAUGGAAAUGGAGAUUUGUAAAUUGCAGAAGAGACUGGAAGAAAGGAAUUGUCAGCUUGAAGCUUCUGCAUCUGCUGCUGAUAAGUUUAUCAAAGAGUUGGAGGAAUUUAGAUUAAAGCUUGAUACAACCAAGCAAACCGCAGAGGCAAGUGCUGAUUCUGCUCAAUCUACAAAGAUCCAAUGCUCAAUGCUAAAGCAACAACUUGACGACAAAACACGUUCUCUCAGAGAACAAGAAGACCGUAUGACUCAGCUUGGUCAUCAGCUUGAUGAUCUACAGAGAGGUCUGAGCUUGAGAGAGUGCUCAGAAAAGCAGCUUAGAGAAGAAGUUAGGAGAAUCGAGCGUGAGGUUACUGAGGCCAUUGCAAAAGCGGGAAUAGGUGGCAUGGACAGCGAGCUCCAGAAACUUCUAGAAGAUGUGUCUCCAAUGAAAUUUGAGAGGAUGAAUAGGCUAGUUGAAGUAAAAGACGAAGAGAUUACAAAACUGAAAGAUGAGAUAAGGUUAAUGUCAGGUCAAUGGAAACAUAAGACUAAGGAACUCGAAUCUCAGCUGGAGAAACAGAGAAGAACUGAUCAAGAUUUGAAGAAGAAGGUAUUGAAGCUAGAGUUCUGUUUACAAGAAGCUCGAAGCCAGACAAGAAAGCUGCAGAGGAAAGGGGAAAGAAGGGACAUGGAGAUCAAAGAGAUAAGAGAUCUUAUAUCGGAGAAGCAAAACCUUAACAAUGAGUCUUGGGAUAAACAGAAGUUCUGGGACAAUUCAGGGUUCAAGAUUGUUGUAUCAAUGUCUAUGUUGAUGUUAGUGGUAGUCUCCAAGAGAUGAUGAAUUUUGUAAUGUAUAAAUUUAGUUGCAGAUAGUUGAUGAGGAUAAUCUAACUCAUGUAUGUGUCGUCUUCAGGUCUAAUAUAACAGCCAUGUACUUAACAUACCAUUAGUAUAUGAGUUACUCUGUUGACAUAACAGCCAUGUACUUUAAAUACUCUGUGACGUUAUAUGUUUCGUAUUCA